CUGGGAGAUACUGUAUUCGGUCGCAGUCUCACCACACCACUCAGUCUGUAAAGAAAACAGCCUCUACAGCAUCUACCAGCCUGCAGCCACAAGGUUUUUUGCCAGGAAAUAGAGAGGGGGCUGUGUUUUUAGCAGUGCACGCUUCAUUCCCCUCUGGAUCGGCGUUGUUUUAGGUGCUCUGGAUGUCAGGGAGCACCUUCCAGCCAUCCACAGCGUGCAUGGUUUGCAUUGACCUGUAUUUUCUGCCAUGCAUUCAUUUUGGGAAAAUGUGGCUCGGAAGCUGCAGCUGAGGUUCACCUGGUGCUGCGAUGAGUGAAUAUUUUUCACGUUUUAUCUCGUAUUUACAUAUUUACUAAGAAAAUAUUCCCCAAUAUACUGGGUGCACGUAUUUUCCUGCCUCUCCGUUCUGCAUUUUGUCAUUCUCAGCCUUCCAUAUAGAGUUUUUAUUUCUCUCUUCGCCGUAAUUUCCACGAUCCGAACAUGCUCUUCCAGUUUUUGCGACCAGAACCUUCCAACCUUACCUGGAAAUAAUUGUCUGGGAUCUCUGUGGUCGACAUGGAUGGCUGGACCCGGGCAGCGACGGUGGGGGACAGUGCUGUGAAUUUCACAGCAGCCCACCUCUGGCUGGAUCUCCUGAAUGCAUCGGACCGGUGGGACAGCAGCAGCAAUCCGCCUGCAGAGGGAACCGGGCUGGAAGAGCAGCAGGAGCGCCUCAUCCGAGAGCAAGCCUACAGGGACUUCACCACCACGGUUCAGGUUUUCAUCCUGAUUGGGUCGCUGCUCAGUAAUGCAACCGUGCUAUGGUGCACUUGCUGCACGAGUGUCUUUAAAUCAGUGACCAACCGAUUCAUAAAGAACCUGGCCUGCUCAGGCAUCUGCGCCGGCCUAGUGUGUGUUCCCUUCGAUGUGGCGCUCGGAGCCAGUCCACGCUGCUGCCUGUGGCUUCAUACGCUGGUGCUCUGCAAGGUCGUGAAGUUCCUGCAUAAACUGUUCUGCUCCGUUACUGUGCUCAGCUUCAGCGCCAUCGCACUCGACAGGUACUACUCAGUGCUGUACCCAUUAGAGAGGAAAAUCUCUGAUGCCAGAUCUCGAGACCUGGUCAUCUACAUUUGGGUCCACGCUGUCGUGGCCAGCCUCCCUGUGUUUGCUGUCACCAACGUUACUGAUGUCUACGUCACAUCAUCCUGCUCUGAUGACCAUGCCCGCUCCCUGGGUCACGUGGUCUUCGUUUUGAUCUACAACGUCACUACGGUGAUCUUCCCCCUGGCCCUGGUCUUCCUGUUCAUGAUCCUGAUCCGCAGAGCGCUCAGCGCCAGCCAGAAGAAGAAGGUGAUCAUCGCGGCGCUGCGGACGCCGCAGAACAGCAUCUCCAUCCCGUACGUGUCCCAGAGAGAAGCCGAGCUGCACGCCACCCUGCUGGCUGCCGUGCUGGCUUUCUCAGCCUGCAGCGCCCCCUAUGGAGCCUUGGUGGUUUAUCGUACUAUUUUUGCAGACACUAAAGAGUUGUCCGUGUCGCUUUAUCUCACAGCCCUUUGGCUCCCCAAGGUUUCCCUUCUUACAAACCCUGUCCUGCUUCUGACGGUUAACCGCUCAGCUCGCCACAGCUGCCUGGAUCUGCUGUCCAGGAUUCACAGGCGGUACAGCCGCCGUAACAUGGUCAGCACAGGUGGUUUGGCCUCCAUAGGGGGCGAAGGGGUAAUCGGGGAGCCUGUGGGACUAGAUACAGCUGGUCGGUCUGGGAGCCAGCUUUUAGAGAUGUUUAACAUUGGCCAACAGCAGAUCUUCAGACCUUCUGAGGAGGAAGAAGAGGAAGAGGAUGCAGAGCAUGAGAUUCCUUCUCAAGGAUCAGAAGGAAACCAGAAGGAUGGGUCAAGACUAGAAAGCUUGAAGGGUGAAGUGAAUACAUCGAAGGACCCUGUUGGAGGGCUGGUCAUUACUAAAGAGGCCCCUGCAUCAGCUAAAACAGUGCGGGCCUCUCCUGUUCACACAUGCGCGUACACUUCCUCAUCACAGGUGGCGCCUGCUACGCCCACAGAAGCAGAGGACUCCCCACAGUUUGGUUUCGGACCAUUUGAGCUGCCACCUCAGUGGCUUCCUGAGACCAGGAACAGCAAGAAGAGACUGCUGCCUCCGCUGGGUAACACCCCAGAGGAGCUGAUCCAGACCAAACUGCCCAGGCAGAGGCCUGAACGUCGGAUCAGUAGGAACAACAAGGUCAGCACCAUUCCUGUUGUGGAUCCAUGAACUGAGUCUGCAAGACUUCAGUCUGCUCCACUGGCAAUAACUCAGAGCAGGACGGCCUCUUCGGCCAACAGGCAUUUAACAAUGAUGGUUUUAUAUGAUGGGUUUUAACUCCUGGGUUUUCCCCACCAGAUUUUUCUUUUCUUUAUAGAAUUCUGUGGACUUCAUACUGGAAGAAAAUCUGUUUGAUAUAAAAUAUUUAUAAUGAUUUAGCAAAGCUGACAGGUUUACCACAGUUUUGACUCAUCCAGUUUUAUAAUUAAAGAAUUCCAAAAUGUAUAAGAAGACAAAUGCCUUGAAGAAAUACUGAUAGCAUUGGAACGUUUUUCACAUUUUGUCACAUAAUAACCUUUAAUGUACUUUUGGGAUGUUUAUGUGAUGAACCAACGCAAAGUAGCCCCUAAUUGUUGAGUGAAAUUAAAAUAAGGCAUGGUUUUCUGCAAUUUUUUACUAUAAGAAAUCUGAGAAAUGUGAAGUGUGAAAAGUGGCUUUACUGUGUCUGCUGAAAAUGAGCACCCUGACAGCAUGAUGCUGCCACCACCGUGUUGUACAGUGGAAACAAUGUGAUCUGGGUGACGUGCCGUGUUUCUGUCUGCAUGUAGUGUUUUACAAAACAACUAAGAAGAUUAAUUCUGGUUUCAUUUGACCAGAACACCUUCAUCCACAUAUUUGUUGUGUCACCUGCAUGGCUUGUGGAAAAUUGCAACUCUUCUUUAAAGGCCAGAGGUUUGGAGUGCAUGGCUAAUUUGCUUUUUGUCAAAAGAUUCUCCCACAUGCAGCUCCUCCAGAGUUACUGUGGUCCUCUUGGCUGCUUCUCUGAUUAAUGCUUUCUUUGCUGGGCCUGUUGGUUUAGGUGGAAAGUCAGGUCUUGGUAAGUUUAUAGUUGUGCCAUACUGAUGAUGGAUUGGAACAGUGCUCUGUGAGAUGUUAGCGGAUCCACGACGGGAACGUUUUGAAGCCAUGCAGCAUUUUCCUUAAUUAUGAGUUACUUUGUGUUGGUCUAUUUCAUAAAAUCCCAAUAAAGUACUUUUAAGUUUGUGGAUGUAACAUGAUAAAUGUGAAAAUGCUCGAGGGGUAUGAGCAAUUUGCCAGGUGCUGUCUAUGCUUGUUAUAACUGUGUGUCUGUGAUUAAAAACGAGAAAUCUAAUCAUCAUGACGGAUGUUCUAAAGCUUCCGUAUAUAUUCACACAGGUUAUAUUAGGCCUUGCAGAAAACUAUCCUGGUUUGAGGAUUGUGCUCCGUUUAUGAACAGGUCAGAUCUUUGUCGUUAACUUUCGUGGAACGCCUUUUUGGAAUUUAAUAAUUUUUACUGAAAUAUUUGGAAUCAGCAUACAACAUUUUACUCUUCGUUCCCUACAGGUUUCUAUUUGGAAAUGGUCCCGUCUGUAUUACAUGUUAUUGUUCAUACUUUUAAUGUAUGUGGUUUCAUAUUCUGAAAUCUGCAGAUGUUGAUUAUGCAAAUACAGGCUUGAAAUGACUUAAA